AAACUAGUUUAUAGAAAGAGAGAGAAAGGGGUAGCAGGGGAACAGAGGGAUCGUGUCGGCUUCAACCAAACACGACCUUAUCGGCGAUCGAAUUUCGAUCUAUUAUUGUAACAAAAUUCAACCCUACAUUCUCUGCUCUCUUGAACAUUUCUCGUAUGGCUUCAAAUCAUAUAUCAGCUGCGAGCCAUUCAGGGGCAACCAAUGAUGCUUUAUACAAGGAAUUGUGGCAUGCCUGUGCUGGACCACUUGUCACUCUUCCUCGUGAAGGGGAGAGAGUUUAUUACUUCCCACAAGGUCAUAUGGAACAGCUUGAGGCAUCUAUGAAUCAGGGAUUAGAGCAGCAAAUGCCUUCCUUUGAUCUACCUUCUAAAAUAUUAUGUAAAGUGGUCAAUGUUCAUCUUCGGGCUGAACCUGAAACGGAUGAAGUAUAUGCACAGAUAACUUUGCUUCCUGAAACAGAUCAAUGCGAGGUGACAAGCCCAGAUGAUCCUCUGCACGAACCUCCAAGGUGUGCAGUCCAUUCAUUUUGCAAGACACUUACUGCUUCUGACACCAGCACUCACGGAGGUUUCUCUGUUCUUCGAAGACAUGCGGAUGAUUGUCUGCCACCACUAGAUAUGACUCAGCAGCCACCAUGGCAAGAAUUGGUUGCAACUGAUUUGCAUGGGAAUGAAUGGCGUUUUCGACAUAUUUUUCGAGGGCAACCUAGGCGUCACUUACUGACCACUGGGUGGAGUGUCUUUGUCAGUUCAAAAAAAUUAGUGGCUGGUGAUGCAUUUAUAUUCUUAAGGGGUGAAAAUGGAGAGCUGCGAGUUGGAGUCAGGAGGCUCAUGAGACAGCAAAGCAACAUGCCCUCUUCUGUUAUAUCUAGUCACAGUAUGCAUCUUGGUGUUCUGGCCACUGCAUCUCAUGCCAUUGCCACUGGAACGUUGUUUUCUGUAUUUUACAAGCCCAGGACAAGCCGGUCUGAGUUUAUUGUGAGUGUCAAUAAGUAUCUUGAAGCUCAAAGUCAUAAACUUUCUGUUGGAAUGAGAUUCAAAAUGAGAUUCGAGGGCGAUGAAGUUCCUGAAAGAAGGUUCAGUGGUACAAUUGUGGGUGUUGGAGAUAAUAAAUCAUCUGCCUGGGCUGAUUCUGAGUGGCGGUCAUUAAAGGUGCAAUGGGAUGAACCAUCAUCAAUUUUGCGUCCUGAUAGAGUUUCUCCAUGGGAAUUGGAGCCCCUUGUGUCGACCCCUACUGCAAACUCCCAGCCGACACAAAGAAACAAGAGAUCACGGCCUCCAAUUCUACCUUCAACAAUGGCUGAUUCUUCUCUGCAAGGUGUAUGGAAAUCACCAGUUGAAUCUCCAUCUUUCUCUUACCGUGACCCUCAACAUGGACGAGACCUAUAUCCAUCACCCAAGUUCAAUUCUACUGCCAGUAACUUUCUUGGUUUUAGUGGGAAGACUUCUGCUUCCAACAAGUCAAUGUACUGGUCUGGUAGGAUGGAAAACUCUACAGAAUCCUUUUCUCCUAUAGCACUUAAAGAAUCUGGAGAAAAGAGACAAGGCCCUGGAAUUGGCUGUAGGCUCUUUGGAAUUGAGUUACUGGAGAACUCUAAUGCAGAAGAAAGUAUGCCAACAGUCACUUUGUCAGGAAGGGUCUGUGAUGAUAGGUCUGUUCCAUCUUUUGAUGCUGAGUCUGACCAGCAUUCUGAACCAUCAAAUGUUAAUCGAUCUGAUAUUCCUUCAGUAAGUUGUGAUGCUGAAAAAUCAUGCCUACAGGAGUCACAAAGCAGGCAAAUAAGAAGCUGCACAAAGGUUCACAUGCAAGGUAUGGCUGUUGGAAGGGCUGUGGAUUUAACACGGUUUGAUGGAUACGAGGAUCUGCUUAGUAAAUUGGAACAGAUGUUUGACAUCAAGGGUGAGCUCUCUGGAUCCACAAAAAAAUGGCAGGUUGUCUACACUGAUAAUGAAGAUGAUAUGAUGAUGGUUGGAGAUGAUCCAUGGCUUGAAUUUUGUAGCGUUGUGAGGAAAAUUUUCAUCUACACAACAGAGGAGGUGAAGAAGCUUUCACCCAAAAUAGGACUUCCAAUGAACGAAGAAGUUAAACCAAGCAAAGCGGAUUCUGAGGCAGUAGUCAAUCCUGAAGACCAGUCAUCUAUUGUGGGGCCUGGUUGCUAAUUCUCCUAGGUCUUCCAAUACUUUUGUUGUUAUAUACAAUAAAUAUUGGCAGGAAGUAGAACGUGAGAGAAAUGAGAAUGAACCUGGAGAGCACUUCAUUCUGCAUCUAUGCUGGAGCAGCAUGACAGCACCAACGCAGAGGGCUGGUUUGAUAUAAUGCUGUUUGAUCUACCUAGGCUUCCGGUAUUGUGGGUUUUUUUUAUUUUAUUUCUUCUAUAGCUCCGUUUUCGCCAAGAGUCCUGAGGCCCUUGCUUGUUCAUUUUUUAAUGGGCUGCGAGCGUGAAGAUAUGUCUUUGGUCAAGUACCUUACUAUGUAUGCAUUUGUUUUUUGGUUCUUUUGUGUUUCACUUGAUGUGAGGCAUCGCAUUUCUGUAGAUAACUUAAUAUAUGUGUAAUCUUUGAAUACUAUUUAAUGUAUGUAUAUC